UUUCCUUAAGCAAGGGAAGUUUUGUUUUAGAAGUUGAGGGAGAACAAGGUGCAGGUUAAAGUGGAGAAUGGGUAAAAAACAGGAGGAAACUCCGGACUCCGAGUAUGGAGAACCUGCUCAGUUUGACCCAACAUUCAGUGGACCCAUGAAGAAGAGAGGGUGCACUGAUAUAAUCUGCUGUAUCCUGUUUAUGGCAGUCAUCCUCGGCUACAUAGCAGUCGGGAUUUUAGCUUGGCUCUUUGGAGAUCCAAGACAUGUUCUUUAUCCAAGGAACUCGACUGGAUGGUUUUGCGGCAUUGGAGAAAAUGAAGGCCGACCCAACCUGUUCUACUUCGACUUUAUCAAAUGUGCCACAUCAGUUAAUGUUAUGGCAACUGCUCUUAAUGGUUUUCAGUGUCCAACCACACAGGUGUGCGUGGAAAACUGUCCCUCUGAUUUCUGGGCUGUGGAAGUAAUGUCAUAUAUUCCUGGUGUAAAGCCAUCAAACGUUUUCAAUCAAAGCCUCUGUGUGCCAUCCUUUGACCUGGCAAAUACUAAGAUGUCUGUCCAAGAAAUUGUGGACAAGGAGCUGUGUCCUUUCUUCUCCAUGCCCACGACCUCUGUGUUGGGGAGAUGUUUUCCCGAUGUCUCAGCACUGGGGAGGAUCCCUUCAUACUUUUCCAAUAUUCCUGGUUUGCCCUCUUCAGUCAAUGACACAGUCGGCCUGAUCAAGAACGGCACUGGGGACAUUGUGAACGGCUUCAAUGCCAGAGACAUUGGCGUCCGCAUCUUUGAGGAUUUUGCGUCGUCAUGGCCGUGGAUCCUCCUUGGUCUGCUAAUAGCCAUGGUGGUCAGUAUGCUGUUCCUGUUGCUGUUGAGAUUCACUGCUCCAGUGAUGGUGUGGGUGCUCAUCAUAGGAGUCCUGGCCACUGGGGCAUACGGUAUAUGGCACUGCUACUGGGAGUAUUCUAACUACAAGGAAGCUUCUGCCACCAUCACUGACAUUGGUUUCACAACCAACUUCAACGUUUACCUGCAGGUCCAAGAGACCUGGCUGGCGUUCUUGAUAAUCAUAUCUGUGGCAGAGGCGAUCAUUCUCCUGACCAUCAUCUUCCUGCGGAACAGAAUCCUCAUAGCCAUCGCCCUCAUCCAGGAGUCCAGCAAGGCAAUCAGUCACAUGAUGUCCUCUCUGCUGUACCCUCUGGUCACCUUUGUUCUCCUGCUGGUGUGUGUCACUUACUGGGGUGCCACUGCUUUAUAUUUGGCCACUUCAGGAGGCCCAAUCUACAAAGUGGUGGCUCUAAACUCCACUACGAAUGACUGUAAGAGUGUCAAUGGCACUGUGGACUGUGACCCUCAGAACUUCACCUCGUCAGAUUACCCAGGCUGCCCCUCAGCCAGCUGCAUCUUCAUCAAAUACAACGACGAGGGUCUCUUCCAGAGGAACCUUUUCAACCUGCAGAUCUACAACGCGGUGGCUUUUCUCUGGUGUGUCAACUUCGUCAUCGCCUUGGGGCAGUGUACGCUGGCGGGGGCAUUUGCCUCCUACUACUGGGCCUUCACCAAACCAAAGGACAUCCCCAUGUUUCCCCUGUCUGCUAGCUUUAUACGCUCACUCAGGUACCAUGUGGGCUCCUUGGCAUUUGGUGCUUUGAUCCUGACCCUGGUGCAGAUAGCAAGGAUGAUUCUGGAGUACAUUGACCACAAAACAAGAGCGGCACAAAAUCCAUGUGCACGUUUCAUAUUGUGCUGCAUGAAGUGCUGCCUCUGGUGUCUGGAGAAGUUCAUAAAGUUCCUUAACAGGAACGCUUACAUCAUGAUUGCCAUUUAUGGGAAAAACUUCUGCGUCUCAGCAAAAAAUGCUUUUAAGCUGCUCAUGAGAAAUGUAGUAAGGGUCGUGGUGCUUGACAAAGUGACAGACCUGCUGUUGUUCUUUGGGAAGCUCCUGGUGGUCGGAGGAGUGGGCGUCUUGUCCUUCUUCUUCUUCUCUGGACGAAUAUUGCUACCAGGCAACACCUUCCGCUCUGAAACCCUUAACUACUACUGGAUGCCAAUUAUUACGGUGGUGUUUGGAAGCUACCUCAUAGCUCAUGGAUUCUUCAGUGUGUACAACAUGUGUGUUGAUACGCUCUUCCUCUGCUUCUUGGAGGACUUGGAACGUAACGAUGGAUCUUUGCAGAAGCCGUACUUUAUGUCCAAAAACCUCAUGAAGAUCCUCAACAAAUCCAACAAAGCACCAAAAAAGGUUAAAGGGAAAGACUGAAGAUCAUUUCACCUCCCGAGUUUGUGAAACCACACAAACACUGUCG